AUGUCCGGUAUCAUUGCUGUUUACUCUUUGGUUAUCUCGGUCCUCAUCGCCCAAGAUUUGGUCCCUCCCGGUGCUGGAAGCAACUACAGUUUGUUCAACGGCUUCAUGCAUCUUGCCUGCGGUCUCUCCGUCGGCUUCACCGGCCUUGCGGCUGGCUACACGAUUGGUAUCGUUGGCGACAAGGGUGUGCGCUCGUACAUGGAGCAAUCACGCGUCUUCGUCGGCAUGGUCCUGAUUCUUAUUUUCGGCGAAGUCCUGGGUCUUUACGGCCUUAUUGUCGCUCUCAUCCUCAACACCAAGUCCAAGGGCUAA